AAUAAUAAACAAACAGCAAUGGAGACGCAGCCUGAGGUGCCCGAAGCACCGUUGCGUCCAUUUAAAUUGGCGCAUCAGGUUGUCAGCCUCACCGGCAUAAGUUUCGAGCGUCGCAGCAUUAUUGGCAUGGUGGAGUUGACUAUUGUGCCUAAUAAUGAAAGCCUGCGUUUGAUACGUUUGAAUGCCAAGCAGCUGCGCAUCUAUAGCGUGGUGCUCAAUGAUGUCUGCCAGGCGGAGUUUGUAUACUUUGAUCCAUUUCAGGAUAUAUGCUACAAGGAGCCAAAAAGUCGCUCAUUGGAUGUGUACUCCAAGCAUCAUUUGGCAGCAGCGCAAAUAACUGAUCCCGAUGUCAACAAUGGUGAGCUGCUUAUACAGGUGCCACCGGAGGGCUAUUCGCUUAUACAGGAGGGUCGAGGCUUGAGAAUACGCAUUGAAUUCUCUGCGGAGAGUCCUAAAAGUGGCAUGCACUUUGUCAUACCGCCCACCUCAACAGACGAUGACACUGCACAGCUGAACUGCGCGCAUAUGUAUACCAAUUGCUAUGAGAACUCUACACGCUUGUGGUUUCCCUGCGUGGACAGCUUUGCAGAUCCUUGCACGUGGCGCCUAGAAUUUACAGUGGACAAGAAUCUUACAGCAGUCAGCUGUGGUGAGCUGGUGGAAGUGAUUAUGACGCCGGAUUUGCGCAAGAAAACUUAUCAUUAUACAGUGGCAACGCCCGUGUGUGCGCCCAACAUUGCGCUUGCCGUGGGACCGUUUGAAAUCUAUGUGGAUCCACAUAUGCAUGAAGUGACGCACUUUUGUUUGCCCGGCAUGUUGCCGCUACUGAAGAAUACUGUGCGCUAUUUGCAUGAGGCUUUCGAGUUCUUUGAGGAAACGCUAUCCACGCGUUAUCCCUUCUCCUGCUACAAACAGGUGUUUGUAGAUGAACUGGACACGGACAUAAGCGCAUAUGCUACCAUGACUGUAGCCUCCGUGAAUCUGCUGCACUCCAUAGCUAUAAUAGAUCAAACUUAUGUAUCGCGCACAUUUAUGUCCAGAGCUGUGGCGGAGCAGUUCUUUGGCUGCUUUAUAACUUCACAUCACUGGUCCGAUACGUGGCUAGCCAAGGGCAUAGCAGAGUAUUUGUGUGGAUUGUAUUCCAGAAAGUGUUUUGGCAACAACGAGUAUCGCGAAUGGGUGCAAACGGAGCUGGCACGUGUGGUCAAGUAUGAGGAGCAGUAUGGCGGCAUUAUACUCGAUUGCAGUCAGCCGCCAGCACCACUGCCAGUGUCCAGCACCAAUCCUGCAACAUCGGCCAGCAAACAGCAAGAGAUUGUGCAUUAUUUUCCAAUCAAAAGUUUGCAUACCGUUUCACCCAAAUACGUGGAGGCCAUGAGACGCAAAGCGCAUUUGGUUAUACGCAUGUUGGAGCAUCGCAUUGGACAGGAGCUGUUGAUACAAGUGUUCAACAAGCAGCUGGCGUUGGCAACGAAUGCGGCUUCUACUAAAAUUGGCUCUGGACUGUGGUCACAGCUGCUCAUCUCGACGAACAUUUUCAUCAAAGCUAUUUUCACUGUAACCGGCAAAGAUAUGUCUGUGUUUAUGGAUCAGUGGGUGCGCACUGGUGGACAUGCCAAGUUCUCCUUGACUUCGGUAUUCAAUCGCAAGCGUAAUACUAUUGAGCUGGAGAUUAAACAGGAAUUUGUAAAUCAACGCGGUGUGCGCAAGUACAAUGGACCUUUGUUGGUGCAGCUGCAGGAGCUGGAUGGCACCUUCAAGCAUACGCUGCAGAUAGAGAAUACGCUGGUCAAGGCGGACAUUACUUGCCAUUCAAAGAGCAGGCGUAAUAAAAAGAAAAAGAUACCCUUGUGCACGGGUGAGGAAGUAGAUAUGGAUCUCAGCGCCAUGGACGACUCACCUGUGCUGUGGAUACGCUUGGAUCCCGAAAUGAUUUUACUGCGUGAUCUCAUCAUAGAGCAGCCCGACUUUCAAUGGCAAUACCAGCUGCGCCAUGAGCGCGAUGUCACCGCACAGUUCCAAGCUAUACAAGCGCUGCAGAAAUAUCCAACAAAUGCUACACGUCUAGCUCUGACAGACAGCAUUGAAAGCGAGAGCUGCUUCUAUAAAGUGCGUUGCCAAGCGGCCUAUAGUCUGACCAAGGUGGCCAAUCAAAUGGUGGCCGCUUGGAGUGGCCCGCCCGCUAUGUUGAACAUCUUUCGCAAAUUCUUUGGCAGCUUCAGUGCGCCGCAUAUAAUCAAACUGAACAACUUUAGCAAUUUUCAAUUGUAUUAUUUGCAAAAGGCUAUACCAGUGGCCAUGGCAGGUCUGCGCACUUCGCAUGGCAUUUGUCCGCCGGAAGUAAUGCGUUUUCUGUUUGAUCUCUUCAAGUACAAUGAGAAUUCACGCAAUCAUUAUACGGAUGCGUACUACAGAGCAGCGCUGGUCGAAGCGCUGGGUGAGACACUGACGCCUGUGGUGUCUGUCGCUAUGCAUGGCACACAAAUUACAACGGACAGUCUAUCCACAGAUGCCAAACUGGUGCUGGAUGAGGUGACACGUCUGCUCAACAUGGAGAAGCAUCUGCCCUCCUAUAAAUACAUGGUAUCCGUCAGCUGCCUUAAGGUCAUACGCAAGCUGCAGAAAUUCGGUCAUUUGCCCAGCUUGCCGCAUAUUUAUCGCAGCUAUGCGCAGUAUGGCAUUUACUUGGAUCUACGCAUUGCUGCCAUGGAGUGUCUGGUGGAUUUUGUGAAAGUGGAUGGACGCAGCGAGGAUUUGGAGCAUUUAAUCAAUCUGUUGGAAACAGAUCCGGAUCCAGCUGCGCGUCACGCCUUGGCACAGCUGCUCAUAGACAAUCCGCCGUUUACACGCGAGUCGCGCAGUCGCCUGGACAAGGCUAAUCUUGUAGAGCGUUUGUGGCUAAGCAUCAACACUCUAGCCUAUGAUACUAAGCUGCGCUGCGAUAUUGUGGAUCUGUACUAUGCGCUCUAUGGCAACAAGCGUCCCAAUUGCCUGCAGGUCAAUGAGAAUCAGAGCUUCUACAAGGAUUUCAUGAAAGAAGGCAGCAGCUCAUCAGGCAGCUUUAAAAAGAGCGAGCCGCGCUCCACAGAAGAGCCGCAUAAGCCGCCAGGUUUGGUCACCAUUAAGCGCACAGCUACUGAAGCGUUUGAAGUGGGCGAUGAAGUCAUCAAACUAGAGCGCAGCGAGGAGAUUACCGUGCUGGAUGAUGAACUCAAUAUGCAAGCCUACGACAGUGAAACCAAGCUGAACAUAAUGCCCUCAGACGAUGCCUACGCUGGCGAAUCGUUGACCAAGCGUCUCAAGACCGAAAUCUAUGCUGAGGAUGAGAACUCGAUGCAUCAUGUGCUGGAUAUGGCCGAGUCAACGCGCUAUGAGAGCAGCUACGAUGAGGCCAAGUUCAAGACGGACGGCAGUGUGAAGAAGAAAAAGAAGAAGGACAAGAAGAAGCACAAGCAUAAACACAAGCACAAACACAACAAGGACAAGGAUAAAGAUAAAGAGCGCAAGGAUAAGGAUCGCAAGGAUCCACAGAUAUCGCGGCUGCAGGCGCGAGAGACGGCUACGCCUGAAACUCUCAGCUCAGCGGAUAGCAGCAACAGUAAUAGCAAUCCACCCAUGGGUCUUACUUAAGUUAUUGUGUGUUCAAUUGUGAAAUUAUGUUUAAA